AUGAUACCGAAGGAUAAGUCCUUGCUGACAACUGAGGAAAGAACUCGUGCAAACCUUGAUAACAUUGCUAAAGAUAUACUCUACAAGGCUCUGGACGAGUCACUAUUCCCUCGGGUGAGAAAAUGCAAAUCGGCUAAGGAUAUCUGGGAUACACUUAUGCAAAUAGGAGAAGGUGAUGAGCAAGAAAAGGAAAACAAGUUGACUAUUGCAAUGAAAAGAUUCGAGGAUUUCAAACUUGGCGCAAAAGAAUAUAUAUUUGACAUGGAAGCUCGCUUUAUGAAACUGCUAAUGGACAUCCGAGACCUUGAUGAGGAGAAGCUCUCACAAAAGGAGAUAAACUAA